CUUGCCGAAGUUGAGUGAUUUCGAAUACCAAAGUAGCUUUGCUCACAACGGUCGAGAAGCCCAAGUAUGGGCAAAGGCUACGUUGGAAUUAGGUGUCGAAAAAUUAGAUGAGGAAUUAGUCUUGUAUGAAGACGAUGGCAUUGCUAUACCAGUACGAUAUUAAAUGCACGAGCUUUGACUAUGAUUUCCAUCAAGGAAUCCAGUUUUUGCAUCCGACAAUACCUAGUGACGUCAGAAGUGCCUUUAAAAAAUACAAGAAGCAUCACAACAGGAAGUAUAAAGGUGAAGAGCAUGAGAUGAGAAAAAACAUUUUCAAGGAUAAUUGGGAAUUCAUCAACGACCAUAACAGCAAGAAUCUUGGAUACGUUCUAGAAGUUAACGAAUUUGCUGACAAACGAUAUAACGAGUUGCGUUAUUUAACUGGCAUUCGUUCAUUCGACGAGGUACCAAUCAAAUCACGCAAGGGACAUAAUGGACCAAUAAAGGCGCAUAAUAAUUCUCAUAAAUCAAUCAAAGCGCAUAAGAGAUCUGGCGGACCCCCAAUCAGGGAUCGUGACGGUUCUAACGGACCAAUCAAAGGAUCUCCUUAUACCGAAGAAGAGUUACCUGAAAACUUUGAUUUGAGAAUGUUAGGAGUUAUUUCACCAGUGCAAAACCAGGCUCAUUGCGGGUCAUGCUGGGCAUUUGCAGCCGCAGCAACGUUGGAAGGAGCGAUUGCACAUUCCAAUGGAGGGCGAAUUUUGGAUUUCAGUGAACAGGCACUUGUAGAUUGUGCUUGGGAUUACGACUGCGAAGGAUGCCAGGGGACGUUGUCCAUAGGAUCUGUGUUUGAAUAUGUGAAAGCUCAUGGGAUCCCCACCGUAGACGAAUACGGGCCUUAUUUGGAAGAGGAUGGCUACUGCAAAGUCGGCAAUAUGUCGCAUCUGCAAAAAAUAAAGAGUGCCGAAGAAGUCACACCUAAUGACGAGGAGGCGUUGAAGACCGCCAUAUACAAAUAUGGGCCUGUAGCACUCGGCGUUCAUGUGUCUCAAGCAAUGAUAUUUUAUAAAAGCGGAAUCUUUUAUGAUCCUGAGUGCCCCGUAGGCGGCAUAAACCACGCGGUAUCUGCGAUCGGGUAUGGCUAUAAGGACGGCGAGCUGUUCUGGGUCAUCAAGAAUUCGUGGGGCGAGAGUUGGGGCUCCGAUGGGUACCUCUAUAUUACUGCUAAGAACGAUAACUGUAACGUCAUGAUGACGCCUUAUUAUGUGAUAGUCACGGAUUAACAAACUUAAUGUUGUUUGGUUUUUGGAGAUAGCUUGGAUUGUUUUUUGUUUUCUGUUUGUUUAUUAAAUUAUUAUUAACACUAGUAACAGUUGAUAAACUCUUGAACCACGACUUGACAAUGUUUA